AUGCACCGGAUGAAUCAGAAUCGGAAAAGCAGACAACAAAAACGACAUCUACAAUUACAAUUCCUUUUACAGUAUACCAUUUUCGUAAUUAGUUUAUUACACUGUCUGUUAUGCCUAGUCGGAGCAUUACAGCUACAAUUUGGAAAAGGGAAAAAUGUCACGUUUUUCAUCUCAGUUCCAUUGAUUAAUUUAAUAAAUAUUAUUGCCUUUGGUGGCUUAAUUUUAAAUCGUUAUUUUAAUUAUGGAGAUAAAAACAGCGGAAGACUUUGUAAGUCCUAUCUUGUACGAGGACUGAGGUUUUUAUCGAUUGGAGGGACGGCUGCAAUUACUACAAUGAGUCUUAUUACUGUCGCAGAUAAUAAAGCUAACACCCUCAUCUUUGCUGGUACUAGUAAUGCAUGUAUGUUGAUAGCAGUGUUACUACUCAGCAUUGCAGAUGCCUUUCUGGCGAUCAGAUAUAAUAAGCUUUAUCAUGCUAGGAGUACGAAAAGAAUUAAAGCGUUGCCACGUAUUAGAGUAGGCGAUCCUGACAAACUCGAAAAUCGCUUGAUAAGUCUAAACGUGUACAAGAUGCCGAACGAAGUACUGAAAGUGUCGACUACAUAG